AUGCCAGAGAUGUACACCUUCCAAGCAGGCUCCAAGUCAGUCUCAUCGCUUGUGAGCGACGAGGCCCCUACGAAAUUCACACCCAACAUCCUCCCCUGUCGGAUUCACCACGACGGCCCAAUCGAGUCUACCAACCGAUUUUGGAUCCCCCAGACAGACGAGAAGGACAACAAACAAACAGCGCACUUCCGCGGCCGCAGACUUCGAGGCCGGCGCGUCGCGAUUCCCGAAGGCUAUCAAGGUGUUAUCGCUACGCCAACAGACCGUGUACUGCCCGCAUCCCAACGACAAGACAAUGGUACAAUGGAGGAUGGAGAAACCGAACCGGAGGAACCCGUCAAGUUGCUCGAGGCGCAGGGCACAUUCGACGAGUUGAUGGUAUGGGGGCAUGAGACUCUUCCUGCGGCAGAUGAUACGUUCGUCAAAGGUGUGGAGGAGUGGGUGCGGUUUGCUGAGAUGAUGCAUGGGACGGUUUCGCCGGCGAUAGAGGGGAAAUAA